CAGACCCUUCUUGACCACAUUCAGAUCAAUAUGUCAGUUAGAGAAAGGCUCACAUUGGAGCAAUAUCCAAUUAAAAUUGAAGCCCCCAGAUCUAAAUUAUGUUCACUCUUUACCCUAAUUGUGGGGCUGACUGCAGGAAUUUGUUUAGCUCAAUUCUUUGAGACGCCUGAAAUAACAAAUCCACGUAUAAAGCAGAAAAGCGCAGAGUAUACAAACAGCCAAGAGCUUAAAGACAAUAACUCCAUUAUAGCCGACGAGUUAAAUAAGAAAGUUCGUAUUCUCUGCUGGGUAUUGACCACACCUAAGAACCACAAAGAGAAAGCCAUUCAUGUGAAACGAACUUGGGGUAAAAGAUGCAACGUUCUAUUAUUUAUGAGCUCGGAGGAGGAUAAAGAACUUCCAACGGUGAAAUUGGAUGUAACUGAAGGACGUAAAAAUAUGUGGGGAAAGGUUAUGGAGGCCAUCAAGUAUGUUUAUAAACAUCAUUAUAAUGACGCCGAUUGGUUCUUCAAGGCCGAUGACGAUACCUAUGCUGUGGUCGAGAAUCUUCGAUAUAUGCUGUACCCAUAUAAUCCUCAAACGCCGGUUUAUUUAGGUUGCAAAUUUAAUCUUUAUAUUAAACAGGGUUAUAUGUCCGGUGGAGCUGGUUAUGUCCUCAGCCGGGAAGCUCUUCGUCAGUUAGCUGAAAAGGGCAUAGGCAAUCCAAAAAUUUGCACUACUACUGGCGUUUCUGAAGCUGAGGAUUUUGAAAUUGGACGUUGCAUGGAGCAUUUGAAUGUUACUGCUGGUGAUUCUCGAGACUCUAUGGGCCGUGGACGUAUGUUUCCCUUUAUUCCAGAAAAUCAUCUAUUUCCACUUAAGUAUAAGAAAAUUUGGUACUGGUCUUACCAAUAUUAUAAAAAUGAUGAAGGUCUUGACUGUUGCUCAGACUUGGCAAUCUCGUGGCAUUAUGUGGAUCCCUACCUUAUGUAUAUAAUGGACUAUUUAAUCUAUGAUUUAAAAAUCUAUGGAUUGCUGCAAACGCCUCAAGCUCUGCCUGCUAAACUAAAAGUCGGUGAAUUAAUGCCCGAACCCAUCAAUCAACCAGCAGACACUAAUGAGGAUUCCGUGGAUGAUGAAGAUAGGUUUCCUAAUGCUACCACGUCUAAGGAUCUUAGGAUCGCAACAAAAAUAAAGCAGAGGAACUUGACAUUAGAAGCAUAAUAAGUUUUUUGAUUUACCUGCAAAACCCAAAAUAUGUGAUCACUUUUCUGCAAAAGAGUAAAUUGGCCUGAGACAUAAAAAAUAUUCGUACAAUUAGCCUUUAAAUAUAUUAAGUGUAUUAAAGGU